UCAACUAGAAUGCCUGAAAACACGUAAAACAGUGACAAGGCUGUUCACUUAGUUAAUUUAACAGUUGGAAAUAAUACGUAAAUGAUUUACAAAGUUAUUUGCUAACUUUCUGGCUACAUGAGGGGGAAAAGAGGCGUGUCCUCGCCGAGUUUCCACUCUUGGGUGGACUGGUUGUGUUGGAAGGCAGAGAAAGGGAGCGAGGAGGAGGAACCAGCGGAGGAAAAAAAAAGUUAAAGUAAAACAUGGCUUCCUUGUCUCUGAAGCCCACAGAACAAUCCGACAAUAGCGCAGAGGAGCCGACGGCCUCCGAGUCCACGGAGGAGGAAAAAUACGCGGAUCAAGUGACGGAACAACUCCUCGAAAGUUUCCAAAAGUCGGCAGUGAGUUUUUCCACGGACCAGGUCUCAUGUCUCUGCGAGGCCCUCCUGCAGGCGGGCAAUGUGGAUCGCCUGUGGAGAUUUCUCUCCACCAUCCAUCCUUCGUCCGAGCUGCUACGUGGCAACGAGACUCUGCUCAAGGCCCAGGCUUUGGUGGCUUUCCACCGGGAACAAUUCAAGGAGCUCUACGCCCUCCUGGAGAGCCACGACUUCCACCCGUCUAACCACGUCUUCCUGCAGGACCUGUACCUGAAAGCCCGCUACAAGGAGGCGGAGAGGUCUCGGGGCCGCAGCCUGGGCGCCGUGGACAAGUACAGACUGAGGAAAAAGUUCCCCUUGCCCAAAACCAUCUGGGACGGGGAGGAGACAGUGUACUGUUUUAAGGAGAAGUCCCGUAACGCCUUGAAAGAGUGUUACAAAAGCAACAGGUACCCGACACCGGACGAGAAGAAGAACUUGGCCAAAGUAACCGGGCUGUCCCUCACGCAGGUCAGCAACUGGUUCAAGAACAGGAGGCAAAGGGACCGAACCCCUCCUGGGACGCACUGCAAAAGCGAGUCCGAUGGAAACCACAGUACCGACGAUGAGGCUAUGGACGACACCCCCGAAAAAGCAGAUGAACCGUCUGCCUCCAAGGCCUCCAUUAUCUCGCUCUCUGCAGUCAACUGCACUUCAGGAGGUCAACUCAUCCUCAAUGGUUCCAGUAGCUUCCUCACAGCCUCCCAACCAUUACUGUUUAAUGGAAACUCCCUCAUCUCUGGUACCGGCGCCGGUGUCAUAAUCAAUGGGAUUGGCUUGGGGGACUGCCAGAAGGUCACCCUGAGUCAGGUAGCCAACCCUCCUUUGAUACUGAACGGAACUCAGGUUCUAGUAAAGCCAGAAGAUCCUCAAUCAGCCGUUUCUUUGGGACAAUCGGUUUCUCCAAUGGAGACAAAGCCAAACAGUCUUCCAGCAGUCGUCCUCAGCACGAGCACCUCGGUAGUUUCCAACUCCACCUCGGUCAUCUCGGUUCCUGUGCAAGCAAAAAGCCAAAGUAGCAACGCUCUGGAUUUCAUCAACGUGCCCGAGGACAUCAUAAAAGUCGAAAGCAGCCAGAAAAUGUCUUGCUCUUCUACAUCCUUGCCUCCGUCCACACAGACUCUGUCGCCAACAAGCAGCCUGCCUUCUCUGGUUUUAACACCAACCCCCCAGUGCCAGGACGGCCUGUCAUCAGCACCCUUGAAAAUCUCAAGUCAACCAGGGGAAUAUGUCGUUUUUGCCACUGCCGCCUCUCAAAUAAACCCUCCCAAUACGCUGGUUAACUCCAACCAAUCCCCUCCUCAAGUGUUCUCCCUGCCCCAGGUUGUGCCUUCCAUCCAGGGAAUACCGGUUUCCCAGCUGGUUCAGCACUCCUCGGGGACACAGGUUUCUCAGUGUCCUCAGCUGGUCCCGGUCUCCCCUCUCACAUCGCCAACCGCCAACUUCCAAAGCCUCCCAGUAAUGAGCGGGCAGCAGGAUGUUUCCUCACCAUUGGCUGAAGGUUCUACAACCAUUGUGUCCAUCUCGCAGCUUCCCAGUAAUCCCCUCCCACAGCAAACCAUCAGCUCCUCGCCCACGAAACAACAAGUCAUUUCCAUAUCCUCCCCAACACAAGUCGUUCCAGCCACCACGCCAUCGCCGUUGGUCACCCUCUCCAUGCCUCAGUUGGUGCCAGUCUCGUCCGUUCAGACAUCGUCCACCAUCUCAUUCCCCCAGGUGGUACCCGCGAGUCCUGCUCUCUCAAUCCCGUCUCCUGGAGUCCCUUUACAGAUCCUGGCUUCGGCGUCGGCACCAGGUGCUAUCAAUCAAGGUCCAUUUAGAAUAAACCAACUGAGGCCCAUUCAUAAUGUGGGCCCUGCAACCAGUGUGGCCCCCGGUUUGCAACUGCUCAAUUCUGGAGUCAUUCAGCUACCUUCUGCGCCUCAAGGUAACCUCCUCCUGGGUGGAAGCCCCUACUUGAGCGUCCAGCAAGGCAAGCUCAUUUUGACCAUCCCAGCCGGCUUCCAACUCACCAGCUUGCCCCUAAAACCAGUUCCAGAUGCUCCCACCAACGGUGUGAUUCCUGCUCUCAGCCCUUCCAUAGCCACCCAGCCUUCACCCACCCCAGAGCAACCCACUAGCAUCCUUACAACGCCCCCGUUGAACUUCAUAAACACAUACGCAGUAGAGAGUGCCAGUUCAACCAACGAGGAACCCGUCGUUUCCUCCCCGAAUGCGCUGGACCAGACGGUUGCUCCCAGUAUGCCGAACGCACUCUCUCCAGAGAGCAUGCUCACACUCAGUCCCAUGUAUGGGGGCCUGACACCCAACAUCCACCUCUCCCAGCCUGCCUGGAGCCCAUUGUCCCUUUCCACCUCGGCGACUCUUUUUGACGGGCGAGGUAAGGGGGAUCUACCUGUAGACCCGGCUUUACUGGGCCUACCUGGUGGGGAGUCGCUGCUUCUGGGGAGCCCCUCCCCGGAACACGAUGCCAACUCACUUGGGCAUCCCGAGGAGAUGGAUGGAGACUCUAAGAUUCUGACUCAGCUUCAGUCCGUCCCUGUGGACGAUGAGCUGGGCUUGUAGACUUGUUUACCCUAAACAUAAUAUGCAGUACGGUGCCUGUUUAGUUUUAUCUGGUCUGUUUGACCAUGCCAGCCUCAGCAGGCACUUAGGAAUUGAACCCUCGACAGCUUUAAUUCACAUAUGCAACAUUGGCCAUACACCAAAUGCUGCACAUUAUCUCACAAAACAGAGUGCACCCCUCACUUUUAAGCAAGCAUUUUAUUCCAGUAUAUUUUUUACCAUAGAAUAAAACUUGGUAAUAGAGUAGUCUGUGUACAGCUUGUACAGCUAUACUGUAAUACAAAUAGUUGCUGCAAUGUGAGGGAUAUACUUAUAUUGUAAGAUAGUGUAUUAUAUUGUGCAAGGACCUUUCAGCUAAAAAAAUAUAUAUUUGAGGUUUUUGUUGGCAGUACAGUAGUAGUUAGCUUUGGCUCCACCAUUGCAACUAUUCAUCAAAUCAUGUGAGAAAGGCACAGGUCUGGAAAGUAGCAGUAGAACCUGCCAUACACAAAAAAAAAACAUACACAAAAACUUUUUCGAAGAUGUAACAGAAGUGGACGGCGCCUGUGUGAAAUGCACAGAAGGAUAAAUGCAGGCUCUCAUUCACCAAUGUUGCCGCAUCUGUGUGAAAGGGGCUACAAUCUGUUGCCUUUGCCUUUAAAACAGAAUCCAACAACGACAGGAUAUUGGAACAACUACAGUAAACCUCGGAUAUAUCGGAUUCAAUUGUUCCCACUGGUUUUGUCCGAUAUAAGCGAAAUCCGUUAUAUGCGUAUACCGGAAAAUGUCCGUUUUACGCAUAUAUCGGAUUUAUAUCCGGUAUAUGCGUAAAUCGGAUUUUAUCCGUUAUAAAAAGGCACUUCCGUGACUAUGUUUCCAAUGUACCUGGACGCGCAGGCAACGCUGCAAAUGACGUCGUAUAGCGGCCUGUCACGAUUCGGCGAAUCGGAGCGCCACGAUGUGGCCAUCCGAUGUGGCCAUCCGAUGUGGCCAUCCGAUGUAUGCAAGGGAAAUUUAAUGGAAAUGCGUUGGAACGGGACUGGAGAUUUUGUCCAAAAUAGGCGAAAUCCGUUAUAAAAAAAAUCCGAUAUAUGCAAUGAAUUUUUAUUGGAAAUGCAUUACAGAAAAAUCAUUUCUUUUUUAUCUGUCUGUUGUGAGCGAAUUUCCGAUAUAUCCGAGUCCGAUAUAUCCGAGGUUUACUGUACUUUAACACAGAGACGCAACAACAAAGUGAACAUUGUUGAACAACACAACAGCUUUAUAGAAUUCCCUUUUCACACAGACGUCGUCCCGCCUCAUACUACCUCGGGUGGUGGGAUAUUGCCAUGUUAACUUUGUCCACCUAUUCCCUAAAGGCAGGAAAAUGCCAGCAAUGUAAUAGCUGCAAUACAUAUAACGUCUGUAUUCAAACACUAUGUUUUGCAGCCUCCGUUUUUCAAUCUAUGCAAUGUUUAUUUUUAAAUAGGACACUAAUUGGCUCAAAUUCUAAACAGUCAAUGAAAGCUUUACAGUGCAGAACUUGACGUAAAGAUGGUGCAUGACACUAAAGCCUUUGCUGUGACCCCCUCCUGUAGUCAACGGGGGUGGGUGCAACAACUCACUGUGUCGUUGAUAUAAGUGCCUUAUAUUAAAGCUUACAUGUUUGUUUUUUUUUCAUGAAAUGUUAUGUUUGCAUCUUUGAGCGGACUCCGCUGAUAAGCCAGCCCAUUGGUUGCAUUGUCGUGUUUUUAUUUGUAUAUUUUGCACAUUUUUAUUCAGUUUUAUUACAAUGUUUACGCUUUUGUUUGGCCAUUAGUUGGAGUCAUGACCUUUUUAUUAUUAUUUUUUUUUUAAUUGGACAAAAACCCUUGUAAAAUAUUGAAUUGGUCAUGUGACCCUUCCACCGUCUUUCCAACCGGUUUCUCCAGCAGGUGAUUUAAUUGCCGAGCUCCUUCCCUCAAACCAAAGGAGGGUUAAUCAUUAAAAUCACCUGCUUUAAUGAGCGGCUGGAAAGAAAACUUGCAAUGUAUCGACCCUCCAGGGCAUGAGUUUGACUCCGCUGCAGUACACAAAAGCCCAUUUAAGUGUCGCAUUUUGUUACAAUAAUUCAUGGCUUUUAUUCAUGUGUGGUUUUUUUUAUUAAUGUGCAUGUUUCUUUUUGUUUGUACAUUUAAUCCAAAAAUGCAUGUAUUCUUCAGUGUUGUUUUUGAAAGAAAAUCAGAUAGGAAAUGAUACUCAUUCUGCUUUAAAAAAAAAAAAAAACAGUUUUGAAUUAAUGUUGAUGGCAAAUUAUUCCUUUUAAAACGGUCACUCCAUUUUCAUCAAAACAAAUUGCAUUGACAAAUCAUGUAUUAAAAUAACUGAACUGAGUAUUUAAAAACCAGGGGAUAAAGGGAACUAUGACUUUCUAUGAUAAAUAUGCGAGUUUGUCUGGUGUUAUGAGCCAUUUCUUACCAAAAUGAUGCUGAUAUUAUGGCCUGUGUGGGCUAAUGCACAUUUAUUUGUCAGCUGGGAUUUUUUUACACAAGUAAAACCCAGAUUUUUACCAAAGAUAAUGUAUUGUCAUUUACUAUUUCAUAGUGUUGAAAAGGGAUCACUUGUGCUUUUGUUUUAUUGUAUUAAAUGCCUUCUAUUUUUUAUAUUACAUGGUGA